AUGUGGCAGACGCAUUGGUCCUGCCAACAUUGUUUUAUCCAGAUGCUGGUACACAGAGUACGCAGUGCCAGCGUUAUGAAGCCCGAUGCGCUGCGUCAACCUUUUGCACUGCACAUUAGCGGAACUGGUGAGCAGUUCGCCGUCAAGGUGAUCAACGUGCAGAGACUAAAGAUGCUCGGAGAUGCGGAGUACGACAACGUCAUGGUGAAGCUCCAGCGGGAGAUAGACAUUCUGCAGCAGCUGAGCAACCCUCGGAGCGCCUGA